CAAGAAAGCAGCAUAACAAGUUGUUUCUCUGUCUUCGACACGAAAACUCAAUAUUUUUUUAUACUAUAAAGCGUCUCGCGCUUACUGUGUUUUUAGUUCGUUUUCUUUGGUUUUUCGUUGGUAUUCUCUCUUAAAAGUAAAGAAAAUAAUCGGAUUUUUUUUUUGUUUGUGUUUUCGUUUAUAUUUAUAUCGUGAUGGACGUACAUUUAGAAGAAACUUUGCCAUUUAGAAUAAAAAAAUUGACACAGAUGCACUAAAACAUGUUGCGACCAAUUUGAUUUUCGAUAAUAUAUAGCAUUUUGUUUCAAUCAAUUUACAACGACAGAGAGUUCAAUGUGUCGUUGAGUGAAUUAAAAUUAACGACAUGGUGCACGAUACAAUCGAGAGAGAAAAAUUUUAUAAAUAAAGGAGACGAAAAUUUCAAGUGUGAAUGUAUACUUCGAUUUACGUGCAAAAUUAUCGUACACGAAGAAAUAUAUUAUUGUUUAUUGGUGUUUCGAUUUUUUUGUUUUUGUUUUUCUGUUGUGUGUUUCGCUUAAUUUGUACGAUUCGAUUUUCAAUUGAGUUUUUUUUAUUGCACGAUUAAAAGUAUAAGUGCAAAUCGGCAACGACAACCAAACAAAUUGCAUUCGGAUUAUCUUUGGGAUUUUAUUUUAUUGUUUAGCUGCUUUAACCAUGUCGUACACACAUACUGUUCCCACAAAGGAAGUACCUGAUGAGAACUACGAUUUGCCUUAUAAUCAAAACGAAACCAACGGCGAUGCUGUUAUGAUAAAAAUGGAUGUGCCCAGUAGAGAAGAACCAAAUUUCCCGAAAGAAAAAUGGAAAACGCUUAUUGCAUUCGUAAUAUUAGCCGCAAAUAUGAUCUUAGCCACAGUGUCUUUGAGUCUAGUCCAUGAACGUUUACCCGACCGAAAAACUUAUAAACCACUUCCGGAUAUAUUCUUAGACAAUGUACCAGAAGCGCAGUGGGCCUUAAAUGUUAGCGAAAUUCUAAUUAUGAUCCAAGUCAAUUGUUGUAUUGCACUAAUUACAUUUCACAAACAUCGAUUCAUUGUGAUGCGUCGUGUCUUUUUAAUUAUGUCGAUUUUAUAUUUUCUGCGUUCAAUUACAAUGUAUGUCACUGUACUACCUGUAUCGAGUACGCAAUAUGUCUGCAGCCCGAAGGCGAACGGAACCACCGUGGUAAUCAUUGCAAAACGCGUAUUUCAACUUAUGUCGGGUUUCGGUUUAUCUAUUAAUGGCAAACACACUUACUGCGGCGACUUCAUUUACAGUGGACACACUGUCAUGCUCGUUUUGGGAUAUUUGGUGAUAUCUGAAUAUCUGCCGCGUCGAAUCUCAGCACUACAAUGGGUGUCAUUUGCGAUGGCUUGGGUAGGCGUAUUUAUGGUGUUGUAUGCACACGGUCAUUAUACAAUCGAUGUUAUAAUUGCAUAUUAUAUUACAACGCGUUUGUUCUGGACAUAUCACACUCUAGCCAACAACGCAUUUUUGAUUAAGCACGCCGGGGCGAAUAAUUAUCUAGCACGAGAAUGGUGGUAUCGUGCAUCGAGGUACUUUGAGGAAAAUGUACGCGGUCAAUUGCCGAAUGAAUUUGAAUGGCCUUUGUCAUGGCCUAGACGAUUUCAACCGAAAUUUCCAAAUCGUGAAAGUUAACAUUGAUCAGAUGCAAGCUGCCUGGGCACACAAACAGCGGCAGCAAUACUAUCAGCAACACACUCAAACACAAACAACAUGAAAAAUACACGAUAAAUACAACAUAGAUUAAGUUCAAUUUUGUAAACAUUUGGUAGACAAAAGACGUCAAAACACACUCUAAUCUAACGAAAAUGAAAGGAAACAAAAGAGAAAACAUUCAUAUUUCGAAAUAUAAUUGAGAUAUUUUUCGCAUGUGAUCACAGAUGAAAUUGUAAAAACAAAAUAUUAUUGACGAUUGUCUCUUUGUGUGUGUAUAUGUAUGUCAAUAAUAAGUCAUUUUGUGCAUAUUAAAUCAAAAAGAAAGCAGAAGAAAAAAGGAAAUUUGUAUAUGUAGAUGAAAAUUAUAAUGAGAACAGAAUAAUUCUACAAAAGUCUGAUAAUCGUGAUCGAAAUUCGUAGUCACGUUUGCAAACGAAACAAACAAAUCGAUUUUUUGUUGCAUUGUACAUCAUUAGAUUUUUAUUAGCACAUUAAAUACUAUAGUAAUGCGAAUACGUGAGAACUGAGAAAUAGUGACAAUUUCUCUCACAUUUGUACAAAACACAGACCCACACACACACACAUGCAUAUUCGCAUUGCGACGACUGAAUCUCUCAAUUUAAUAUUUACAUCGACAAAAUCCAUUUUGCAGUACAAAAUGGAUAGAAUCAGUUCGUCCCAUAGAUAUUUGCAAAUUGCAAUAGAUUUCAAUGAAGAAACAUCCAACAGAAUACUUCUCGAAGUAAUGCAUUCGAAUUCAAUUGUCAAUCUAUUUGUAUUUUAUUUUUAUUGUAAAAAUUUGUAAUUGUCCAAGGGAAAUUCUGUAUAUUUGGUGUUGUAUUCAUUUUCACUAAACAACAAAACAUACACAAUCUAUCACACUCUCUUCAUGAAAAUAUGUUUGUUAAAUAUCGAACUCGGAACGACGAAUGUAAUUGAGCAAAGUUGAAUUUGAGAGGUGUGAGGGAAAAAACCAAAAGGGACAUUCACUCUUAAUACCUUACUUUUGCUACAAAAUUUUCCUAAAUGCUUUUUAAGUUACACCACUUUUAUACGAAAAUUAGUGUCGUGAAGAAGAAAAAGAUCGGCGCGAAUUUCGCCGAAUUUAACUGUAAAAUUGUUGAGAGUGAACUAUCCCUAGAAAUUUGUGUACAUAAACUAAAUCGAAUGAUGAAAAUGUUCAUAUAGAAACAACGCACGAAAAUUCUCAACACUUUAUAUGAAACAAAACUGGAAAAGCAUUUUUUUGUAGCCUUUUGUGAAACUAAUGUAAAUAACUAGUUCACCUUUUUUUUUCUUGUGUAAGUAAAAGUAGCGACAUAUUGUCGUCAUUGUCAAAUUGACAAACAUAUAAACUCCUAAAUAUGGCCAUAAAGCCAUCGGAAACUUUAAUAUUAACAAUUUGCUAACUAAGUUAAAAUGAAUAGAUUUUAUGGUUCCAUUUGUGAAUUCGAAAAGAACGUAUAUUUUUAGUGUUUUUAUUGGUGGAUCUGUUGAAAUGAUGACAAAAGAGAGUGUGUUCAGCUGUAGUACUUUUCAAAAAUUCUAUAAUUUUUCGGAAAACACUUGUCCUUUAUACGUUUUCAGCUGCGCGUUGCACUCAAUCAUCAGAAAAUAUACGCUCUUUUCGAUGUCACAAAAUGAGUCGAAGGACAAUGAAAGAGCUGUUCAAAGAAGAAUUAGAAAGAAACAAAUUUAGAUACUUUUAAAUGAAAUCAAAUGAUAGAGAAAAAACUGGUAAUCUCAGAAUAAAAAGAUGGGAAUAGUUAUGUGAUUUACGUUUAAAAAAAGGAAAUAAGUAAAGAAACUAAAGUAAUGUAGAAAUUGCUCUACAUUUAAUCUAGUGUAUAGUGUAGAAAAAAACGAGCGAAGCAUUUGAAUGGGGUUUUAAUUGCCGGAGACACUUAUAAGCCACUUCGUCCGUUAGUUAACACACUUCCUUUUCGAUUGAAUAAACUUUACUGCUUUUAUUAAAGUCCAUAUUUAUUUUAUAAAAAAAAACCCAAAAUAUAUUUGAUAUUAACAAUAAAAAAACCAAUUCAACAAAAAAAAUGAAGAAAAAUCACUCAUUACUUAUAUCCUCGUUAUAGACAAAAACUCAAAAUGCAAAAUGUCGUUCAAAUAUAUUGAGAGUUGAUAUUUAAAAAAAAAAAUACUUUUUUUUAAAAUCAGUUUAAGUAUUAUUAUGCAUCAAUUUGGAAUCUCGUUAAAAGAAUUAUUGAAAGAAAACAAACAUUCGUUAAUACAAUGUAUUAUUUACAAUAGACAUGAUUUUAAUGAAUAAAUAGUGAAAAACUCAAAAUGAAAUCUAUUCUGCUGUUAAAAUUAUAUGUGUACGUGAGAAUAUUCAAAAUCAAUGGAGGAAAUACAAGCAUAAAGCGUUUCCAAACAUUGAUUCAAAUCAUUUGAUAUAUAAUAUAUUCUCACAUACACUUAUAAAAAGGUCGAAUUUUUUCAAUGUGCGAAUUUUCGCCAA